GCUGCUGACGUCACUGACGAGCCAGUUCCCUCCAGCAGCAGCGGAGCUUCAUUUUCUGAUCUGCUUUUGUGCUAAAAUGGAGGCCGGCCUCUCGCCCUGAGCGGAUCGCCUUCCUGGUUGGGGCUUUAGAUGUUGACAUGCAAUAAACCCGGAGACAGGAUGGUCGUGGAUGCACCCAGUUCCAACGGGCCUUUCCAGCCGGUGGCCCUUAUGCACUUCAGAGAUGUGGCCCCUGCAGAGCAGGAGAAGCUCUUCAUCCAGAAGCUGCGGCAGUGCUGCGUUCUCUUCGACUUCCUUUCCGACCCCCUGAGUGACCUGAAAUGGAAGGAGGUGAAGCGGGCCGCCCUGAGCGAGAUGGUCGAGUACAUCACCCACAACAGGAACGUCAUCACGGAGCCCAUCUACCCGGAGGUGGUGCACAUGUUUGCUGUGAACAUGUUCAGGACUCUGCCUCCGUCGUCCAACCCAACCGGAGCGGAGUUCGAUCCCGAGGAGGACGAGCCGACACUCGAGGCUGCCUGGCCCCACCUGCAGCUCGUCUAUGAAUUUUUUCUUAGGUUUUUAGAAUCUCCCGACUUCCAGCCUAACAUAGCGAAGAAAUACAUUGACCAGAAAUUUGUAAUGCAGCUCCUAGAACUGUUUGACAGUGAAGACCCCAGAGAGAGAGACUUCCUGAAGACCACGCUACACAGGAUCUACGGAAAGUUUCUGGGCUUGCGGGCGUACAUCAGAAAACAGAUAAAUAACAUUUUCUAUAGGUUCAUCUAUGAGACUGAGCACCAUAACGGGAUAGCCGAGCUGCUGGAAAUACUUGGAAGCAUAAUCAAUGGAUUUGCCUUACCACUGAAGGAGGAGCACAAGAUUUUCCUGUUGAAGGUUUUAUUGCCUCUGCACAAAGUCAAAUCACUCAGUGUCUACCAUCCACAGCUGGCCUACUGUGUGGUGCAGUUUUUGGAAAAGGACAGCACACUAACUGAGCCGGUAGUAAUGGCUCUACUAAAGUACUGGCCAAAGACUCACAGUCCAAAGGAGGUGAUGUUUCUCAACGAGCUGGAGGAAAUCUUGGAUGUCAUCGAGCCCUCGGAGUUCGUUAAAGUGCAGGAGCCCCUCUUUCGGCAGCUGGCCAAGUGUGUAUCGAGCCCACACUUCCAGGUGGCGGAGCGGGCCUUGUACUACUGGAACAACGAGUACAUCAUGAGUCUGAUCAGCGACAACGCAGCCAAGAUUCUGCCCAUCAUGUUUCCCGCCCUGUACCGCAACUCAAAGACCCACUGGAACAAGACCAUCCACGGCCUCAUCUACAACGCUCUGAAGCUGUUCAUGGAGAUGAAUCAGAAGCUGUUCGACGACUGCACGCAGCAGUUCAGGGCAGAGAAAAACAAAGAAAAGGCAAAGUCAAAAGAACGAGAAGAGGCAUGGAUCAAGAUUGAGAACCUUGCCAAGUCAAAUCCACAGUUCUGUUUGUAUCUCGAUUCUUUUGACCUCGGUAGUCCUGUAGCAAUGGAGACGGAUGUCCCUUUGAUAGAAGAUGUACAGAGGUUAAAAAAGACAGUUGAGGAGAGCGCAACUCAGCUGCAGGGGGAACAGCGGAAAGAGCGGCCCAUGGUGAGACGCAAAUCUGAGUUGCCUCAGGAUAUCUAUACCACAAAAGCCUUGGAGACCCACCGCAGAGCUGAAGAAAUGUUGACCACCCAGGAUGGGCUCUAGAUACCUUGUUACCCUCAAGAGCCAUGGACAUCUUCUUUGCCCCGGUGCCAGAAUAUAACACCGGCAAACCAUGUUUUCUUUUCCUUUCCUCCCCAGAAUACUUAGUUUGUCUUCAUUCCUGCUGCCUCCGCGCAGAAACCCUUCGGCCACCUCUCUGUUUUUCCACUUUCUCAGGUUAUUUUCUUUAUAUGAGGAUGAGUGGGCGUGUGCUUGUGUCUUCGACCCUGUGACAUACUUAUCAGCAUUUUCCUUAUUCUUUCAUCUCCACCUCUACUUCCAUCCCUGGUGAAACCUGGGAGUUCAGACAGCACAACACAGGUUCUUCGUCCAUUUCUGCGUGUUUUUUUUUUUUUGUUUUUUUUAACAGUUAAUCAGACGUUGCUUGAUUCACCGUCUUAAGGAAGGCAUCUUUUGUUCAAAGGGAACAAAACCAAAAACCCGGCUAAUUGGAUAAAGAAACAAAACUUUGUCAUCCGUUCUUUUCUUUCUGUUCUAAUAAACAUCUUUUGGGUGCCAAGAUUUUUUUUUUUUUUUUUUUUUUUUUUUUUUUUUUUUUUUUGGUUCUUUAUGCUUGAUUUGCGUUUUUAUGUGACUUUUAAUAGAGCUGCCUGCCUUUGUUUGUUGCCACUGUUUGACUUUGUUUCUCCAGCACACUUAAGACCAAACUUAGGCCUGUUCUUAGCCUUGCGUUCUAAAAAAAUAUUAAAUAAAAAAAAGAUGGCGAGGAAAGACAAAAAAAAUAAAAAUAAAUAAAUGUCCCGUGGACAUUUUUGAACUUUCCGUCUUAUUGUUUUUGUGCCAUAUGCGGCUCCUUUUUACGCUUGCUUUCUAAUACCUAUUGACGACCAUGUGAGUUCAAACAAUGGUACUUUCUGUAUUGAAAGAUAACGCCAUGAAAACUGGAUUUGCUGCCUGUGUGGCUGGAUGUAGCGUAUGACGGCUGCCUACCGAAUAGAGACGGAGCGGGAAGGCUUCUGUGCACACGGCCGUAUGAGGAAAAUGUCUCUUGUUACAUCUAAAAGCUCUGAUCCCCGUUUGCUUUUGCCUCUAGGGCUAAAUUAGGACCUCCUUCUUCUUUAUUUUAUUAUUUUUCCGUAGAUAUAUGACAUUUGUAUGCUUUAAAGACUUUGAAUGAAAUCAAAAUGGAGGUAAUUUUAAACUAAAACAUCUGACCUUUUUCAGAUAACCAAUCAAACUUUUUGCAAGUAAUUAAAAUGGUUCCUCACAAAGCGUUUUUUCUUUUCUUUUAAUUUUAAAUUAUUUUUAAGUUAAAUAAAUUAAGCCCCUCUUAGUGUUUAAAAUUGAAAUGGUUUGGGAACUCAAUAAGUACCAUUGUUUUAACUAAAGAUGUCUGCUGGAUAUAUUUUUUUUUUUGUUUUUCAUUCAAUCUAAUGUGUUGUAUUUUAUUGUAUUGUCUUUUUUCCAUCCCUGGCCAUUCAGAAAGCCCAGUGCUGGAAUGGACUGGUGUAAAAAUGACCUCAGAAAUGCCAGAUGUGAAAAAAAAUAACUGACAUUGUGACUUAGUUGAACUGUAUUAAUACUGUAUUUGCUUGAAUGCAAAAAGCUGUAAAUUUAGACUUAACCAUGUCAAACAUGUACCUUUUACCCUGGAGGAAUGCCAUUCACCAAAGUGGUUUCUUCUGUCUCGGUCAUUGGAUUUAUGAAACGAUCCUGCCUGCUGGGAGAAAUGUAUUUAAUUUUAUGAGUCCAAAAUGUUGGAAGUUUCUUUUUAGUACUGAAAAGCAAGUCAUUUAUAAUAAGAAGAGAUGAUUUAGAAAUUAUUUGGUGGCUUGUUCUCUUUCCACAGGAUCUAGGUAUUUUAAUUUUAACACAUAAUUUCCAAAACUUGUUAACUUAAGUGUCCUUUUGUAUGUGACCUGUACUAUAUGAUUCAUUUAUUAUUGUAUAUAUGAUUUACCUUGUUUCAUGUAGUGUUAUAUAUCUAGAUUAUUUUGUACAAAUUGUCCCUCUGUACAGAAUAAAACCUCAAUAGCAAGUGAAACAAAUCGA